AGCCGAAUUUCCAAAUUGUUUCGUAUCUCAGAACAGACAGUUAAAAAAAAGACCCGAAACUUAAAUUUACACAGACUAAAACUAUUUGGUACAUUUUUUAAUUUUUGGUGUUUUGCAUUGUUUAUCGAUUGUUGCUGGCAUUCGCUUGAAGUAAUUGACGUGACUUUGCGGUGGGACCAAAAGCCAAUCAUGUUGCUUCUUGGGGUGAUUAGCUUCCUUUGGGACACGAUUACGAAUUAUGUUGCCAAACUCAUGGACAAGGUCUAUGAGUCGAAUUAUGUUAUGGCUCUGUUUAGCUGCGUUAUGGCCACGAUUUUGGUGGCACACUUGAAAUCGGCGACGGUUAUAUUGAAUCAAAUGCGGCCCAAGCACCGUGCGCAGGUAAUAGAGCGACAGCCGUCGCCAAUUAACAUUGUUAGCUGCGUGACCCAGAAACUGAAGCUGCAGGAAUCGCUACGCUGGUUCAGCUACGACGAGCUGCCACCGGCGGUGAUACUCGAGAACAAUGGCUGCACGGUGAUCAUGCGCAUUUCCUGUUCCCCGGAAUAUACACCAUACAUUACGGGUGGAAAUUUGCCAGGAAACUACUAUUUUAUGGAGGCUUCGUUCAAGUGGAACUCGGAGCACUCGAUUGACUCGCACAACUAUGCCAUGGAGAUGCAGGUGUUGCAUGCCGCAAACAUGAGCGAUGUCCCCUACGAAUUCCUAACGGUAUCCUAUAUGUUCGACUUGGGACUGCAGAAGAACUGUAUGUUCGAUAAGAUCAUCAACAAUUUGGCCGCCAUUCGCAGAGCCGGCUCGGCGAUCGAGCUGCCGCCCUUCGACCUGGCCACCAUGAUGUGGCGCUUCGGCAGCGACUAUUACAGCUAUCGCGGCACCUAUACCAACGGCAGUUUCGCUCUGCCCAGCCAAUGGCUCAUUUGCACGCGCACCUUCUACAUCUCCGCCGAGCAAUUGGCUCGCUUCCGAGAUAUUUGCGAUGUGUACGGUAGGAAAAUCAUGUGGAACGCCCGCCAGAGGAAGCCGCUGGGCAAUCGUCGCGUUGCAUUGAAUUGUUCGUAGUAGAGAAAGAGAGAGGGAGCGUUAGUGAGGCAGAG